AUGUCUGGCUUUGAUUGGACCGAAGACGCUGAGGAAGCGCUCGAACAGCAGCAUGAGCGUUUGAAGUCCAAUGCUAAUCCAGCCAGGGAGACUGAGGUGGAUGAUAUAUCCGACGAAUAUAGCGAUACUGAUACCCCCAUCUCUUCUCAACAAGGAGCUGACAUCUCCCCGGUUUGGGGAGGACAUCGUCAUGCCGAUGAUCUUCACGGGAAGAAAUGUCCCGUUGGAGAGAUGGAACUUGAAACGCCAUUCGGAGUAGUGCCAGUCUCUGAACACUAUAGACUUAGUAUGAACCCUUUGCCCCAUAUCGAUGAAGAUCAAGAGGACGAUAUAUAUUAUAACUAUGAAGACAGCUACGAGACUACACAGAUGAAAAGUGAAGUUGAACAAGAGUUUAUAUUUCGCAAUUAUUGUAUGGAGCAUGAUGAAGCAAGACAAAUACACCAUUUCAACUGGCUCGGUUACCCGAUCUACGAGCCCAGUGGGACUCCUCCAGCGAUCUCCCUUCUUUUCCAACUGGCAGACCCAAAGAUGCCUAAUCCCAGAGACGAGCUUCGCAUUCAAUCUAUCUUUGCGAGAGCUAUGAUGUUUAUCGACCCGGUUAUUGUUGAACUUGAGAAAGGUCUGGAGGAUCUGGACCGUGAAGGCUUCGAUCUGGUCCGAUGGGCUACUGGCCGCGUUACCAGAUUUUAUAGCUUACAUGGUCGAUGGACUGACGACCGGUUUGAAUGGGAAGAAUGCAGGACGCCAGAUAAGGGGAUUCUCGAACAGUACCAGAGUGGAUCUGUGGCCUGUGGCAACGGCUUCAUCAGCCUCUGCAACAUCCGAUCUAGGUACCAGUGGGGAUGUCAUAAGGCUCAGCUUCAAGAGAAGUAUGAAAAGGCUUGUCAUGUCGCGGCAGAGAAGUUCUACAUAAAGAGACAAUGCAAAGUCUAUAAACCUUCUUUGCUGAGCCAGUCGAUGAGCUUGAAGAUUUUGGACUGUACUGCAGAAGACCAUACGGAGACGAUCAGCGAUAGCUCAAUCCAUGAGCAAGAGUACGAUGGGAUCUCCGUAGGCUCCCUCGAGGAGAGCGUCGAGGGGCACUGCGACGUGCAACGUAUGGAAAUAGAUGCCAACGACCGUAGGGAAGGAACACAACAAACAAAGUCCCAGCGUUUCGAGAUUUGUACCACGGACGAUCAGAUCACUGACGCUAUAGAGACCUGUGAAGACUGGCAGGCUGUUGUCACAUCCCAGAUUGCAACGGACUCAACCGACACCUGGGAAGCCCUUAGUAGGACGCCAAACGGCGGCCGGAAAAAAGUCUCCAUUAAAAAAGGCCGCUUUGCUCGCUGGAAGGCUAAUCUAAAAGCCUGGAGAGUGACAUUGAAGGGACUGAUGGCCAAACGCUGUCGGUUGGUAUGCAUAAAGGCUCAGAACGUGCUCCGAAAAAGGGAUUUCGCGCGUUAA